AUGAAUUUGAAGAGGACAGUUGUGCAGGAGAGAAACGAUAUCCAGAAGCAACUUUCUGAAGAACAGAAUGCCAGAAUAUUACAAGAUCAGAUUCUGACCAGUAAACAAAAGGAGCUAGAAAUUGCUCAAAAGAAAAUUAAUUCUGAAAUUUCUCAUAGGCAUAAGAAAGAAAAGGAUCUCUUGCAUGAAAAUUGCAUGUUGCAGGAAGAAAUUGCCUUGCUGAGACUGGAAAUAGAUACAAUAAAUAAUCAGAACCAGCAAAAGGAAAAGAAAUAUUUUGAAGAUAUUGAGGUUGUGAAAGAAAAGAAUGAUAACCUUCAAAAAAUUAUAAAACUAAAUGAAAAAUUAACAAAAACAAUACUGCAGUACAGUGGACAGCUGAACGAUCUGACAGCUGAGAACAAAAUACUCAAUUCUGAACUGGAAAAUGAGAAACAAAACCAAGAAAGACUGGAAAUAGAAAUGGAAUCAUAUCGUUGUAGACUGGCUGCUGCUCUACAUGACUGUGAUCAAAGUCAAACAUCAAGAUACCUAAAACUUGAUUUCCAGAGAACAAGACAAGAGUGGGUUCAUUUACAGGACAAAAUAAAGGUUGAUAUGUCUGACCUACAAGCUAAGACUGAGAUUCUUUCUGAAAAACUUUCUAAUGCUGAAAGUAAAAUCAGCAGCCUACAAAUUCAGCUCCAUUCAUACAUAGAUGGAGAUGCUGAUGAAAGAAAGAGUUUGAUUUUGGAACGUUUGCAAAGAGACCUCAGUCAAACACACUGUGAGAAGAAAGAAAUUGAACAAAUGUACCAAACUGAACAAAGCAAAGUGAAGAAAUACAUUGCCAAGCAGGAAUCUGUAGAGGAGAGAUUAUCUCAACUAGAAAGUGAGAAUACAUUGCUUCGACAGCAACUUGAUGAUGCUCACAAGAAAGCUAAUAGUCAGGAACAGACAGUCAGUACUAUCCAAGACCAAUUUCAUGCUUUUGCCAAAAAUCUUUAAGCUGGGAGUGAAAAGAUUCUUUCACUACAAGAGAAGAAGAACAAGGAGUUGAUAGAUGAAUAUAAUCAUUUACAAAAAAGAAUGCAUCAAUGUGAGAAAGAGAAAGCACGAAGAAAAGUAAGUAUUAAGAAAGAUAAAAUAUUUUUCAAUCUUCCUGAUAGAAAAUGUAAAGUAAUAUUUGGUUAUGGCUAA